UCACGCGCGGCGGGUAUAUGUGUGUCUGAGCGCAGUGAGGAGCAGUUGAUGACGGAGCUGCUGGAUGUUUCUGACGAACAGCCGCAGGUUUUCUGUCUGGCGAGCUGAAGAGUCUGAGCUGUGAAACACCAGUGAAAAGAUGAUCUGAGCGUGGUGCACAGCCAUAAAGACGGACUGAUACAGACAUGAUCCCUUAUUCUCCCUGAGGAACUGACCAAUCAGCAGUCAGGAUGAUGCCCAAGCAGCUGGCUCAGACGUCUCCAGGCAGUGUGUUGUCACUGAGGGGGUCCAGCGUCCCAGGAUCCCCCGCUGCCGCCAUCGUGGCCAGAGUGGAGGACGGGGUUAUCGGCUACAAGGACUUGGCGGCGUUACCGAGAGACAAAGCCAUCUUGGACAUAGAGAGACCAGAUCUGAUGAUCUACCAGCCGCACUACUGCUACAGUCCACUGGAGAGGUCUUUGUCUCCUCGCUCCGUCUCUCCUCCCGCCUCCCCGGAGAGGGAGUCCAGGGAGUGGCUGGAGACCCGCUCUCCUGGAGGUUCCUCCCCUGGUUCCACCAUCCAGACCAGCAGAACGCACAGCAUACACACACCGCCUACACCGAACACACCGAACGCGGCGCACACACCCUCCUCCAGCACCAAGAGCACCAUGCAGCACUUCCACCGGCCCGAAAACGGCUCCAACAUCUAUAAGAAGCCUCCCAUCUACAAACAAGAUGUGCCGUCCUCUCAGGUCCCUCAGGGGAAACACAUCGAGGAUCUGAUCAUUGAGUCCUCAAAGUUUCCAGCAGCUCAGGCUCCAGACCCAAACCUGCCCUCCAAGAUAGAGACAGACUACUGGCCCUGCCCCCCCUCCCUGGCAGUGAUUGAGAAGGAGUGGAGGAAGAAGGGGCAGAGGGAUGAAGAUGAGGAGGAGGAUGGGGAGCUGGAUGAUGAGCUGUGGGGACUCAGAGUUCUUCAGAAACAGGAACUGAACAAGAUUCAGUCCAAUCUGGGAAAGAUCAUCCUGAAGGAGGAGCUGGAGAAGUCUUCAGCUCCUCUGAGGAGGAAGACUCGCUCGCUGCCGGACCGCAGCCAACAUGGCGGGUCCAACGCCUCCAAGUCUGUACAUUUCCCAGCAUCCUCUAAGAGCGGCCUGUCCAGGGUGAGUCCUGCUGACCGCAGCCGUCCAAUCACAGCAGAGCUUAAUGAUGACGGUGAUGAAGAUGUUUCUGUUUGUUUUCAGCUGCAGUCGGCAGAGUUCAGCUCGACUGAGAAAACUCCUGCAGGUCUUCAGAACGGAGACUCCAGGAUGGACCGAGGAAACUCCCUCCCCAGCAUGUUGGACCAUAAAAUCUUCCCCUAUGAGAUGCUGGUGGUGACCCACAGAGGGCGGAGCAAGCUGCCCCCCGGAGUGGACAGAACCAGGCUGGAGAGACACCUCUCUCAGGAGGAGUUCUUCAGUGUCUUCGGGAUGUCCAUCGAGGAGUUUGACCGCCUCUCCGUCUGGAAGAGAAACGACCUGAAGAAGAAAGUCUGUCUCUUCUGACGCCGCUGGGACUGCAUCCCCCACAAUCCCCUGCUCUUCCUGGGUCACCGCAGGAUCCCGAAACCACACGGACUCCGAACAAAACAUCCUUACCAGCACUGCCGCCGUCGUCACAGCAGCCGGCUGCGGGCGAGACGCCGGUGAGGCGUCUCCGGUUUGACGUGAAGGUUUGAAUGCAGAGAAAACACAGAGUGAGUUUAGAUUCCUGCUGCACACGUUUUGAAGCGGAACCUGUUCAAUAAGCUUCAGCUUCGAGUCGUCUGUGGAAACGCGUUAAUGACAAAACUGCCGAGCGAGCACAAACCUGCACGUUUAGAGAGGAGAGAAGAAGAGCGGCGACUCAGGAAGUUCACCUGGAGGGUAGAGUGGUCCUCCUGAGGCCCGGUCACACCAGCGUUCUCACAGUUCGGACUAAGUUCAGCUCAGUUCAGCAGAACAGCUGCAGCCGGCAGGCGGUUUGUUCACCUUUGACCUUUGAGCGAGCCGUCAGCUGGCUGCUGAGCUGCAGGUAGUUAAAUGACAUUCGGCUGCAGCACCUGAGGUAUUCUAGGUGUUCUGUUUUUUAUUUACAAAGUGGAGAAGAUGGUUUCUCGUUCACAAAAAGAUUAGCAUGAGCGCCAUCUCCAGGUAGCGACUCAGCUACCUAGCUGGUCUGCUAACAGCUAGCAAAACAGACAAAUUUCACAGCCAUUUCUCAAAGACACGUGACUGAAGUUCACGCCCCCGCCUGGUGUGACCCGGCUCCACGUGAGGACACGAGGUGGCGGCGACGAGGCAGCAGGAAGUUAAUCUGAGCAGUUUGGUUGUAGUGGUGGUUUCUGGGAAAUGAAGUUAAUCCUGCUGCUGAUCUCACUGGAGGUUAUGCGUCACUGAUUUUAGCAUUAAAACCUUUCCGUGCACUAGAUUAAACAUUAAAUGUCAGAGUUCGACGGACGUCUUGACUCCUGAGACUCGACGGUCUUUGACGCGUCGUGCUGAAGCGUUUCUGCUGUUUGUUCUGACACAAAUUCAUUUUCCGUCAGAUUUGAUUCAUUCAAAGUGAAAAACUGAAGUUAAUAUUUUAUCACUGAGCUUCCAGCUGCAGUCGGGCUUCAAAACAACAUUCCUGCUGACUCUGAGUCAGGUUUCAGUACCGAUUAGAUGCUGACUGUAGGAAUCACCUGAGUGAUCUUUCAGAAGGGUCGCUCCUAUUGGCUUAGCCAGCUAUGAUGUCAUAAUGACAGCAUUUCUUUCCCAGCACUGAAUAGAAAAACGAGGAGACAGUUUGAUCACAGCUGAAGAUUCAUUUCUUUCAUUGAUUUAUCGAAUCAGUUUAAAACUUCAGCUUUGAAUUCUGCCUUGAGCUGAAUGCUAACAGCAUGCUAGCACGCUCAAAAUGACGCUCAUGAUUUUCAUGCUCAAGCUUCAUAUCAUGUUUACCACCAUCUUAGUUUAGCAUGUUAGCAUGCUAACAUUUGCUGAUUAGCAGUAAACACAGAGUCCGGCUGAGGCUGAUGACAUCAUGACCUUUUCAGGGUUUUGGUCAUAAACCAAAGUCUUACGUUUAAGCCUGCAUGUUUAUAUGAUAAUGUAAUGAUCACACAUUUUGUUUAGACGCUCAUUUAAUUUUGGUUCUGUGAUGUCAGAGGUGAUUUCACAUCUCCCUGCUGUCCAUCAGAGCCAGAACUCAGCUCCCAUUGGCUGCGACCAAACUGUCUCCUUGUUUGUGAUACAGCAAAAACCACUGCCCUGUUUUAUCUAAACGCACACACACACACACACUCGGCGCAGUGCAGAAGAACCAGAGCUGCACACGGCUCUGGUUUGUCCAAUAAGCAGGUUGUAGACAUUUAGCGUCAGCUAGUGUUGCUUAGUGACCAAAUGAUGUGCAGCUAUUUUUUAACCUACAUAGAGAAGUGGCAUGUUUGUUAUUAAAAUCUAAAUGAAAAUGUAAACUCAUCUUAAAAAGUUAAAUUAAGUUAAAUUAUAUCAAUACCUGAAUGUUGAGAAAAGAGAAGACACCUUUCCACCAUCGAAGAAGAGACGGGGGGACAGAAAAGAGACGAAACAAACCCUCCUGGACUUUCCUGAGGAAUGAUGGGACAUUUUCACCUCAGCGGGAGAGUUCAACCAAACCUGAAGUGAACUGAACGGACGAUCUUCAUCACCACACACAGACACUUCAGCACCUGUGUAACGACUCUGGCUCACAGUUGUUUAUCUGCAGAGCAUUAAUAUCCAUCGUCAUCAUAUCUGACCUGCACACAUGCGGACCAGCGACACCUGAGUCUGUGCUGCAGUGCAACAAAUGAAAAACUUGUGAAUGGACAGUUCAAGGUUUUAAUCGCUGUUAACAUUCGCCGGCGCUGCUUCCUGCAGGCGUCUCCAUCCAGGAUCUCGCCAGAGUCCGAGCAGUGAAGCUGCUGGUUGGCAUCCGUGUUUGGUUUUUCCAACAUGGCGUCGGGUCACAAACCUUCUCAUGUCUCCGAAAACAAAACAGAAUCUCGAUUCAGAUUUUAUCGACACGCCAAGUUUGACCGUUCGAUCUGAUUUUCGUGAGCUUGUUGCGCCGCGCUGGACGUUCAGGACAAGUCGUGAUUAUGCAAAUUCAGAUUCAGACUCGCCGCGUCGUAUCCGUCACGCGACCGCACGGCGGAUCCCAUCUCUUCAUGAAUAUAAUCCGUCGACCCUCGAUGGAUCCAGUGUGUCUGAACCUCAACGCGGAUUAUCUCCUGAAACAGCGACGAUUACAUUUCAUACACAGAAACGAAUAAAGACCAAAAAUCUUUGCACGCUGGUGGAAACGAUCCUUAAUUUGCGGUUUGUUCGGUCUUUGUAGGUUUUAGCUUCAAGCUUCACCUAAAGUGUUUUCAAACUAAAGUUCACGCUGAACGUCCCGCCUGUGAUGACGACAGCGAGCGUUUGUCCAGCUCGGCCGUUAUCGAGCUGUCGUGUGUUCGUUGUUACACUCACACAGAACCUGUUUUCCAAAAUAAAUCAAGAUGAAUUGAUUAAAUUGAUUAAUCAAACGACUGAGACCUGACCUCAGCCGCCAGCUGGACCGUUAUUCCUCAGACAGAGCAGGUGACAGGUGACGGUGGACCGUCAUUGGUCAUUACACUGUCGCUCUUGUAUAAAUGUGAUUUAAUGGGACUCGCAGCACCUUCACAUUCAGACUUCAGCAGCUCAGACCUGCGCGAGCUUCAAUCACAGCUCAGAAUGAGUUCACUCUCACUGCAAACGCCAAAAUCACCGCCACCACAUCCUGCGUCACACGCCACCAUGUCUGCCUCAGCACCACACGCUUCCUGUAUCCGUGGAAACAAAAAAAGACUGAAAAAACAAACACUGGAUGAAGACUUGUCGAGUGAGCGAGCAUUGGUCACUUUAUGUUGAGAUGAUUUCCUUUGUUCUUUCUUUUUUUUGAGGAAUGAUUCUGAUGCUGUCUGAUGAUACUGAGAGGAUUGACGCUUUGUUCUGAUUGGUUGUGUGUACUUAGAAACAGGAAGUGGGUUGCUGUGACGAACACCAUGAUGACACAAAGAUUGUUCCAUGUGUUUUUCUUUCAUUUUGUAUAUUUUAAAGUGUUUUUUUCAUUUUUUAUCAAAUUAUUUUCUCACGCAGGGCGACUUCACGGAGGCACGGAGGUCAACAUGUUAACUGCUGCAAGCAUGAUGUCACGAUGAUGAUGUCAUAUUUGUAUUUAACCUUUAAUUAAACAGAUUUCUAUAAUGAUGUUGGCAGUUACAGGGUCCUGGCUCAGGUAGACAACAAGUAUUACUCUGGAUUUAUUCUUUCAGGUGAGUGAGGUCAGACUGGAGUCAGAGGUCAGACUGGGAUCAGAGGUCAGAGGUCAGACUCGUUGGCAGAGACUCACCUGUCUGAAGUCGCCCUGCUGCUGUACAUACUGAACCACUGAAUGACAAUAUAAUUACUGUUGUUGUUGUUUUCAUGUCUGGAUCCAGGUGAUGUGACAGAUGAAUGGUGCUGUGAAUGAUUAACCAUGAGUUACAAUAAAGAGCAUUUCUAUUUGCCUUGA